CAGCGUGCAGGAAGUGGGCGGGAUUACCGGUCCCAGGCGGUAGUUCGGUUGGUGUUGCUGUGGGAGGCCCGGGGGUGCUGGUUAUUGGGCCGGGGGCUGUCGGACUGUUUCCUGGUCGGUGUCUGUCGGUCGGAGAUCGCCUUAGAGGGCAGCGCUUGCACUUACCGGCCCUGAGGUGUCAAAUGUGAUCUCAGAAGAAACACCUGGAUAAUGUUCGGUAUACCUAGGAACUUUACUCUGUGACAAUAGUAAAGAUGCAUCGCCGUAAACGGUACUGGUCCCCUGAAGAAAGCUACAAAAAUCAGACGUGGAAAAGGAGGCGACGAAGCCCAAGCAGAGAUCGUGAGGGGCGAAGGAGAUUAUACGAGAGAUGGAAAUCUCCACGCAGGUCACGUUCACGGAGCAACAACAAGGAUACAUAUUGGCCAAAGCCCAAUAAUGCACGGUCCAGUGAUGUCCGUUUUUCAGAGGGUGCGAGCUCUUCGUCCUACAGCGAAAGCUACUCGUACCACACACAAUCACCUCCUCGCCAUCGCACAAGAGAUCGUGAUAAAAAAAGAAAUGAGAAUCAUCGUAAAGCUUCACACAAACAUCGCUCCAGGUCUGGUAGCUGCACUUCCUCGAAGAGUCACCGGAGCGCAAAGGAUGGCAAGAGUGUGGAAGAUGACAAAGAAGGGCACUUGGUGUGCCGGACCGGAGAACGCAUCCAGGAGAGAUAUGAGAUAGUGGGAGGCCUCGGAGAAGGGACAUUUGGAAAAGUGGUGGAGUGCAUGGACCAUGCCAGGGGGAGCACACGAGUGGCUCUAAAAAUCAUACGCAAUGUAAAGAAAUACCGGGAGGCAGCUCAGCUGGAAAUCAAUGUCCUGAAAAAGAUCAGAGAGAGAGACCGGGAAAACAAAUACAUGUGUGUUCUUAUGUGGGACUGGUUUGAUUUCCACGGUCAUGUCUGUAUCGCAUUCGAGCUGCUGGGCAAGAGUACAUUUGAUUUCCAGAAAGAGAACAACUUCCUGCCAUACCCAAUCCAGCAUAUCCGACACAUGGCUUACCAGCUGUGCCACUCCUUGAAAUUUCUACAUGACAACCAACUGACUCACACAGAUCUUAAACCUGAAAACAUACUGUUUGUGAAUUCAGACUUCAACACCAGCUAUAAUGAGGGCAAGAAGUGUGAAGAAAAGUUUGUAAAGAACUCCAGCAUCCGCGUGGUAGACUUUGGUAGUGCUACAUUUGACCACGAGUACCAUACAACCAUUGUUGCCACUCGUCACUACCGCCCCCCUGAGGUGAUCUUGGAACUCGGCUGGUCUCAGCCAUGUGACGUGUGGAGCCUGGGCUGCAUCCUCUUUGAAUAUUACACUGGAUUCACUCUCUUCCAGACACAUGAUAAUCGUGAACACUUGGUUAUGAUGGAGAAGAUUCUUGGACCAAUGCCACGACGCAUGAUGUACAAAACCAGAAAACAAAAAUACUUCCAAAAUGGUGCUUUGAUCUGGGAUGAAACCACUUCAGAUGGACGAUAUGUUAGCAAAAACUGCCAUCCUCUAGUAAGUUACAAAACAAACCAUACUCCUGGGGAUGCUCAGUUGUUUGAUCUGCUGCGGAGAAUGCUUGAAUUUAACCCUGCAUUAAGAAUAACACUAUCUGAAGCACUGAGCCAUCCAUUGUUUAGCUGCCUGAGCCCUGAAGAGAAGACACUGGUCAGUCGGACUUCGAGGGAUCUCAGCAGAUGACUGGGGACCUCCUUGGAAUACAACUGUUGGUUUCCUCAAAUUACUACAGUGAAGGACCACAUGGCUUAUAUUGCAGGACUGCUAGAUAGCCCCAGUGCUUUAGUGGCUGUUGCAUAUCUACCUCUUGACUGUAGAGGUUGAUGUUGCCAUUGCACUUUUUAAAGAGGACAGUUGUUGCAUUUUGAUGCCUUAAUCUCCCCAUUGUAAAUAUUAUUCUUGGGUAAAUAUGGAAAAGAUGUUUGCAGAAGCUAAAUUAUCGUCCUCGCAGGAAGCUAUUUGAGAAUGAACUGGCGCUUGCGAAUUCCUGAAGGUGUUCUCUGCUUCACUUGGCACUGACGGAAGGGAUCCCUUUAGUCUAGCAGACCACCUGCAUGCUAUGGUUUUGUUUGGGUUUCCCCUCCCCCUUUUUCCUCUAUUUCGGAUCCAAGGGACAGCAGGAUAUUGAAACGUCUUUACAUGUGGUUCGUAUAGUUUUAUAAAUAUAUUUGUAUACUCAGGGACGAAGGUUAAUAAAAAUGCUUCAGUACUCCA